AUGGUCGCCGAAGAGCAGAAGGGACCUCGCGUCCACGAGGCGCACGAGGUGGACACGUUCCAUCCUCCCCAGAAGAUGCUGGAGAAGCACCCAAGCAAGCCCCACCUUGCCAACCUCGAAGAGUACCAGAAGCUGUACAAGGAGUCGAUUACCGAGCCCAAGAAGUUCUGGGCUAACCAGGCCCGUGAUCUGCUGACCUGGUACCGCGACUUCGAGACCGUCUCCAGCGGUUCUCUCACCGAUGGCGACGUCAAGUGGUUUGUCGAAGGCCAGCUCAAUGCCUCGUACAACUGCAUUGACCGCCAUGCAUUCAAAGACCCCGACCGUGUCGCCAUUAUCUACGAGGCGGACGAGGCUGAAGAUGGCCGCAACGUGACCUACGGCGAGCUCUUGCGCCAAGUCUCCAAGACGGCUUGGACUCUGAAGCAGAUGGGCGUCCGCAAGGGGGACACUGUCGCAAUCUACCUGCCCAUGAUUCCUGAAGCCAUCAUCGCGAUCCUGGCUUGCGUCCGUAUUGGCGCCGUCCACUCUGUCGUCUUUGCCGGCUUCUCCGCCGACUCCCUGCGCGACCGUGUCAUUGACGCCAAGUCCAAGGUUGUCAUCACCACGGACGAGGGCAAGCGUGGUGGCAAGUUGAUUGGCACCAAGAAGAUCGUCGACGACGCUCUCAAGCAGUGCCCCGACGUGACCAACGUUCUUGUCUACAAGCGGACGGGCGCCGACGUUCCCAUGCAGGCCGGCCGUGACCUGUGGUGGCACGAGGAGGUUGAGAAGUGGCCCAGCUACAUCGCCCCUGAGGUCAUGAACGCCGAGGACCCCCUGUUCCUCCUCUACACAUCUGGCUCCACGGGCAAACCCAAGGGUGUCAUGCACACAACCGCCGGCUAUCUGCUUGGCGCUGCCAUAACCGGCAAGUACGUCUUCGACAUCCAUGACGGCGACCGCUACUUCUGUGGCGGUGAUGUCGGCUGGAUUACCGGCCACACGUACGUCGUCUAUGCGCCUCUGCUGCUCGGCGUCUCGACCGUUGUCUUCGAGGGCACUCCUGCCUACCCCAACUUCUCUCGAUACUGGGACAUCAUCGACAAGCACAAGGUUACUCAGUUCUACGUCGCCCCGACCGCCCUCCGUCUGCUCAAGCGUGCCGGCGACGAGCACGUCAAGGGCGAGAUGAAGCACCUCCGAGUCCUGGGCUCCGUCGGCGAGCCCAUCGCCGCCGAGGUUUGGAAGUGGUACUUUGAGGUUGUUGGUAGGGAGGAGUCGCACAUUGUGGACACUUACUGGCAGACGGAGACUGGCUCCAACGUCAUCACGCCCCUGGCUGGCGUCACCCCGACCAAGCCGGGAUCCGCUUCGCUGCCGUUCUUUGGUAUUGAGCCCGCCAUCAUCGACCCCGUCUCUGGCGAAGAGAUCCACGGCAACGACGUCGACGGUGUGCUCGCAUUCAAGCAGCCAUGGCCCAGCAUGGCCCGCACUGUGUAUGGUGCCCACAAGCGGUACAUGGACACCUACUUGAAUGUGUACAAGGGCUACUAUUUCACCGGCGACGGUGCCGGCCGCGACCACGAGGGAUUCUACUGGAUCCGUGGCCGUGUCGAUGACGUCGUCAAUGUCAGCGGUCACCGUCUGUCGACGGCUGAGAUUGAGGCUGCUCUGAUCGAGCACCACGCCGUGGCUGAGGCUGCCGUGGUGGGUGUCGCCGACGAGCUUACCGGCCAGGCUGUCAACGCGUUUGUUGCCGUCAAGGAUGGCAACGAGAUCAAUGAUGCGCUGCGCAAGGAGUUCAUCAUGCAGGUGCGCAAGAGCAUCGGCCCCUUCGCUGCUCCCAAGGCCAUCUAUGUCGUGCCCGAUCUGCCCAAGACGCGAAGUGGCAAGAUCAUGCGCCGUAUCCUGAGAAAGGUGCUCGCAGGCGAGGAGGAUCAGCUGGGUGAUAUCACGACGCUCUCUGAUCCCAGCAUCGUCGACAAGAUCAUCAAGACGGUCCACGAGGCCAAGGGAAAAUGA